AUGGAUCCUUUCGAGUAUAAUGCCAACCCCGGACGAGUGGUGUUUGGGCCAGGAAGUAUCAACAAACUCCCUGAAGAAAUCACACGACUGGGACUGAAAUCGCCCCUCCUUCUUUCAACACCUCAGCAAAUCGACCAAGUCGAAAACCUCGCCAAAAUCCUUUCAGCCUCGGGCAUCGAGCCCGCAGGCACCUACUCCAAUGCCACUAUGCAUACCCCCUCCCACGUUACCGAAGAAGCCUUGUCCUACGUCAAGACAAAGUCUGCAGACCUGGUGGUGUCAAUAGGAGGAGGAUCAACCAUAGGCCUGGGAAAAGCCAUCUCGGUGCGCACAGGGCUCUAUCACAUCUGCAUACCAACCACCUAUGCCGGGAGUGAAAUGACUCCCAUUUUGGGCGAAACUCAAGACGGUCGCAAGACAACACGGUCCGACCCCAAGAUCUUGCCGGGCACCGUCAUCUAUGAUGUUGAUCUGACCAUGACCCUGCCAACGUCUCUCAGUGCCACAUCCGGAGUCAACGCGAUUGCCCAUGCCGUGGAAGCACUAUAUGCAAAGAACAAAAACCCCAUCAUCUCCCUUCUUGCCAUCGAGGGCACACAAGCUCUAGCAGGGUCACUGCCACAAAUUAUCCAAAGCGCUUCCGACCAAGCUGCACGUGAGAAGGCGCAGUACGGUGCGUGGCUCUGCGGUGUCUGUCUCGGCAGUUCGGCUAUGGCCCUGCACCAUAAGCUCUGCCAUACGCUAGGUGGAAGCUUCAAUCUCCCGCACGCCGAAACCCACACUAUUGUUCUCCCGCACGCCCUCAGCUAUAAUGCUCCGGCAAUCCCGGACGCCAUGGCCAAACUUGCAGCAGUCCUUCCCGGAAGUGACGGCGAUGCCACCAAAGGUCUCAACGUCCUUCUAGAGAAGUUGAAGGUGAAGCGAGCCCUGAAAGACUACGGAAUGAAGGAGGAAGAUAUCGACAAAGCGGCCGACAUUGCCGUGAGCAAUCAAUAUCCCAACCCAAGGGAAGUCCAGCGAGGACCCAUCAGAGAGCUCAUCCGGAGAGCGUGGGCCGGGGAAGAUGCCCGCGCGGAUCUGUAG